AUGCGUCUGAUUGGAUCCGACGGAGUGACGCCGACAGGUGGGAGUCAUGUGAGAAUUCGAAAGACAUUUUUCAGGCAGGGAUGUCAAGAAGACUCGGCGGCCAUUUUCUGCAGCUUCCACAAUUUUGAAUUAACAUCAGUGGAGCAGCAACUGAGGAAUCAUUGGGCGUCUUCCCCCUCCCGCGCAGGGCUGAGAACUGCAACGGCAGCUGCUCUCGUCACAUCAACUGCGCCAAGUCCUUCAGAAGUCAAAUGCACUGCCUCCAGUUCGCCUGUGUCUUUGUGCAAAGUUAUGCUACUGGAAUGUGGCGGUGCAACUAUAUCGGGCGGCGGAAGAAAAGGUGACAAUGAUUGUAAAGACGAUGUGGUAGUCGCCGCUUUAACACGGGUGGGGAUAAGCCUGGCGUGGUUGUUGGAACUGCAGUUUCAGUCACGCUGUCGUGAUUGCGAAGUUGACAAUGGCGAAGUGGCGGCUGUGUAG